CUUCCGGCUGGCUCUGUUCCGCUGCGGCUGGUCCCUGCGUCUUCUGCCGCUGGUUCCGCUGCAGGUAUUUUCCCUGAAGGAAAACUGCUUACUCAUAUGCUUCAAGAAUGGCUGUACCUAUCAUUGUAAAAUGGGGUGGACAGGAGUACUCAGUGACUACACUCUCAGAAGACGAUACCGUGCUGGACCUCAAACAGUUUCUCAAGACCUUGACAGGGGUGCUGCCAGAACGCCAGAAGUUGCUGGGACUCAAAGUUAAAGGCAAACCUGCAGAAAAUGAUGUUAAGCUUGGAGCUCUCAAACUGAAACCAAAUACUAAAAUCAUGAUGAUGGGAACUCGUGAGGAGAGCUUGGAAGAUGUCUUGGGUCCCCCUCCUGACAAUGAUGAUGUUAUCAAUGAUUUUGAUAUUGAAGAUGAAGUUGUUGAAGUGGAAAAUAGGGAAGAAAAUUUGCUAAAAAUUUCUCGCAGAGUGAAAGAGUACAAAGUGGAAAUUUUGAAUCCUCCUAGGGAAGGGAAAAAGCUUUUGGUACUAGAUGUUGAUUAUACAUUAUUUGACCAUAGGUCUUGUGCUGAGACUGGGGUAGAAUUAAUGCGGCCAUAUCUUCAUGAAUUCCUCACAUCUGCAUAUGAGGAUUAUGACAUUGUUAUUUGGUCUGCAACAAAUAUGAAGUGGAUUGAAGCUAAAAUGAAAGAGCUAGGAGUGAGCACAAAUGCAAAUUAUAAGAUUACCUUCAUGUUGGACAGUGCUGCUAUGAUAACAGUGCAUACUCCCAGGCGAGGAUUAAUAGAUGUAAAGCCUCUUGGUGUUAUAUGGGGAAAAUUUUCGGAGUUUUACAGCAAGAAAAACACCAUUAUGUUUGAUGACAUAGGACGGAAUUUUCUGAUGAACCCUCAGAACGGACUGAAGAUAAGGCCUUUUAUGAAAGCACACCUAAAUCGAGAUAAAGACAAAGAACUUUUAAAAUUAACUCAGUACCUAAAGGAAAUAGCAAAAUUAGAUGACUUCCUGGAGCUGAAUCACAAAUAUUGGGAAAGGUAUCUCUCAAAGAAGCAAGGACAGUAGUUAGAUGUUAUGCUGGCAGUAAUUGAAGAUACCUGAGAUCCAUAAACUUUUUGCUUUUCUGCUAGAAAUCAUUAUGAUAGUGCUGGGCACUGAAGCAGAGACCAGAUUGCUUAUACAUGGUCUUCCAGUUUUUUUGUAAAUUUAAUUUUAUAUUUUUUGAAGAUCAUAGAAAUAUGCUAAAAAAAAAAAAUGCCUUUUCCCCCAUGUGAAUAUCCUUAUUCUUGAAAAAGAUUUUCUCCAGCACUGAUUGCUCUCUCUUUUUUUAUUCCCCAUAAAGAAAAGUGAAGAAAAAUGUAUGAUCAGUGAUGGUCAUUUGGUGAUUUUGGGAACAGUUUUGCAUUUUUGUGUCAUUUUAAUAUUGUCUAACUCUUAACACCAAACCCAUCUUGAAACUAAUGCUUUUUCCUUUUUAAAACCAAAACAAAAAGAGAUUUUGGAUAAAGAGUGUAGUUUGUUAUGCUUAAAAUAACCAAGAAUUUUUUAUUCUUUUGUCAUAGACCAAAGUUCUGUAAUCCAGCAGUUGCAUCUCUAAAAUCUGAUGCCUCACUGUAUAUGUGUCUGUGUUCUUAAAGUAAAACUGGAAAGCAUCAGUGUGUGGUACAGCUCUGUUCUGGUAUGAGAAGUGGAAAACCUAAGGCUGAAGAAUAAAACCAAGGCACAUGAAUAUAUUGCCUCUUUGGUAACUAAGUACAAAGCACUUCUGCCUAAAACCAUUGCCAUAAAAGCAAUUAAAGGCAAUACGUUUUAUAUCACUACUUCAACCCUAGAAAGCAUGAACAAAAAGAUUUGAUCUGUUCCAGUUAUAUUUGUCUCAGUGUUAAUACUAUUUCAGUGACAAUAUCUAGCCAUAUUACUAAAGAUAUAUAUUAUUUGCAAUGCUUAAGGCUGCACAUAUAUAAUGUGACCGCUGUUUUGUGUUAACAGUAUUGGCUUUAUACAGUUCUUGUAUUUGAAAGGAGUCGAUCCUUUUAAAUAAACAUGGUGUAUAUUGUUCUUUGGGGACUAUUUCAGUGGUGUAAAUAAUAAAUAUGUUUUCUUAAAA